CAGAGCAGAUGCGCAUGCGUGGCUAAUAUCGCGACGCGUGGCUCGAGCGUCAGUCUUUGCUUGUUCGUCGUGUUGCUCAGUUGUGUGCGUGCUCCUUUCCUCUCGCGUUAUCUUUUUCUCUUCCUCUCCUUUUCUCUUCUCGGACCUAGAGCUCGGAGAAAGAUUUGCCCUUCGCAAAAUGGCGGCAGAGGCUACCACCAGAAGAAGAGCGAACGAACACGAGGAGAAAUUGGGUUGCAGAAACGGAUUAACCUUUUGCAAAGAUACCCUGUCUAAUGGCCAUGCCGGUUUACAGAGUAAUGGACGCGUACAGUUUCCAGAGAAAGAGACGAAAGGAGAAUCGACGAAUAGAAGGUCGAAGGAGUCGUUCGAGAGGGUACCGUUCAUCACAGCAGCAUUGACCCACCUCGGAUUCUAUAUUCUUAUGUUCCUGGGUUUUAUAAACCAAUUGUUUUUUACACCGAAAGUCGCGAAAGAGUACAACAGAGAGGGUUACGCACCGCUUUACGAAAAUUUCGAAAGAUUUUAUCUUCGAUACGUGUACAGAAGAGUGAGAGAUUGCUGGAACAGGCCGAUAUGUUCUGUUCCAGGUGCAACUGUUACGCUUAAAGAUAGAGUAACACGAGAUUACGGAUGGUCGUUCCAGUUUACCGGAACUAGUACGAAAUGUAUAAAUUUAGGAUCGUACAAUUAUUUGGGUUUUGCCGAGGCAACAGGGAAGUGUGCCGAGCAAAGUAUCGAGGCUCUAAAAGAAUUUGGUUGUGGCAGUGGCAGUACUCGUCUCGAACUUGGGAGCAUGCCAAUUCACAACGAACUAGAACAAUUGACGGCUAGAUUUCUUGGUGUAGAAGAUGCAAUUGUGUUUGGAAUGGGAUUUGCGACUAAUGCCCUCAAUCUACCUUCGUUGUUGAGUAAAGAUUGCUUGGUGCUUAGCGAUGAGAAGAAUCAUGCUUCGUUAAUACUCGGAUUGAGACUAUCUGGUGCCACUAUCAAAGUAUUCGAUCACAAUAACAUGAAACACUUGGAGAGUCGUCUGAAAAGUGCGGUGGUUUUUGGUCAGCCACGAACUGGAAAACCUUGGAAGAAAAUAGUAAUCGUAGUCGAAGGUGUUUAUUCCAUGGAAGGCUCCAUUGUACAUUUACCUGAGAUUUUGAAGCUCAAAGAGAAAUAUAAAGCAUACGUUUACUUGGAUGAAGCUCAUAGUACAGGUGCAAUGGGCAAACAUGGAAGAGGUGUUUGCGAUUACUAUGGAAUUAAUCCACGAAACGUAGACGUACUCAUGGGAACAUUCACGAAAAGUUUUGGAUCCGCUGGCGGAUACAUUGCUGGUACAAAGACAUUAAUAAAUCAUUUAAGGAUAUACAGUCACGCUCAUACGUAUGCAGCGGCCAUGUCUCCACCAAUAGCGCAACAAAUUAUUACAUCCAUGAAAAUAAUCGCUGGCGAAGACGGCACAAAUGAUGGACAGAAGAGAACAAAACAACUAGCAAGGAAUACCAGAUACUUCAGGCGUAGAUUAAAUCAAAUUGGAGUUAUUAUUUAUGGAAAUGAAGAUUCGCCUGUUGUACCUAUGUUAGUCUAUUUAUUUUCGAAAAUUGGUGCAGUUGUACGAACCCUGACGACGCAUAACAUAGCAGCGGUAGGUGUUGGUUUUCCAGCAACUCCGUUAAUGGAAGGUAGAAUCAGGUUUUGCCUCUCUGCUGCUCACACUAAGCAACAGUUGGACUAUGUAUUAUCACAUAUCGAAAGUCUUGCAGAUUCGUUGGGUUUAAGAUAUUCUCGCAAAGUUCGUGAGUUGAUGCCGAUAGAAUAUUAUUCCGACGGAGAGACUGAAUGACCUAUCAUCUAGAAAAUAGACUCUCUAGGACAUAUACUUUGCUCCAAAGAAGCGCCUCGUACUUCUGCGGAAAAACACUGCCUUCAAAGAGCUCUACACGCAUUUUUUCUAUGCUUUUUCAUUGAUCCAUUCGUCCAACACAUUCAAAUAUCUUUGAUAAAUAUUUCCAAACAGAAUACCUUUUCAUUAUUGUUAAACACAGAAAUGAGAGAUUAGGUAUCCUUAUUUCAUCUUAGGAUAAUUAUGUUAAACAGAGCUGUUACUAUUAGCAUACUUUACUAUUAUUAUUAUUAUUGCUAUUACUAAUUACUACUAUUACACUAAUACUAUUGUUAUUACUGUUACUAUUACUAUUGCUACUACUACUACCACCAUCACCACCACCACCACUACUA